CCAGCGACUGCGGAGAAUGAGCGCCCGGGGCCGCCGAGCGCCGCCGGAGCAGAAGCCCCGAGGAGCUCGGGCAGAUCCCGCGCGCGACCAUGUCGGUGGCCUUCGCGUCCGCCCGGCCGCGAGGCAAAGGGGAGGUCACGCAGCAAACCAUCCAGAAGAUGCUGGACGAGAACCACCACCUGAUCCAGUGUAUCCUGGACUACCAGAGCAAGGGCAAGACGGCCGAGUGCACCCAGAUCCCGCUCACGACUCAGGCCGGGUCCUGUUCCCUGCCCGGCCCUGUGCUAGAGCACAGAGCGCUGUGUUGCCUGCCCCGUCCCCGAAGGUACCAGCAGAUCCUGCACCGGAACCUGGUCUACCUGGCCACGAUCGCAGAUUCUAACCAGAACAUGCAGUCCCUGCUGCCCGCCCCGCCCACCCAGAACAUGAACCUGGGCCCCGGAGCGCUGUCCCAGAGCGGCUCCAGCCAGGGCCUGCACUCCCAGGGCAGCCUCAGUGAUGCCAUUGGCACGGGCCUGCCCCCGUCCUCCCUCAUGCAGGGCCAGAUCGGCAACGGUCCGAACCACGUGUCCAUGCAGCAGACGGCACAGAGCACGCUGCCCACCACCUCCAUGAGUAUGUCGGGCAGCGGCCACGGCACGGGGCCCGGCUACAGCCACUCGGGACCCGCCUCGCAGAGCGUGCCCCUGCAGGGCCAGGGUGCCAUCGGCAACUACGUGUCCCGGGCCAACAUCAACAUGCAGUCCAACCCAGUGUCCAUGAUGCACCAGCAGGCGGCCUCGUCCCACUACAACUCGGCGCAGGGCGGGAGCCAGCACUACCAGGGCCAGUCGUCCAUUGCCAUGAUGGGCCAGAGCGGGCAGGGGAGCAGCAUGAUGGGGCAGCGGCCCCUGGCGCCCUACCGGCCCUCCCAGCAAGGCUCAUCCCAGCAGUACCUGGGCCAGGAGGAGUACUACGGAGGCGAGCAGUACGGACACGGCCAGGCCGCCUCGGAGCCCAUGAGCCAGCAGUACUACCCUGACGGACACGGAGACUACGCCUACCAGCAGUCGUACACGGAGCAGAGCUACGACCGGUCCUUCGAGGAGUCCACGCAGCACUACUACGAGGGCGGGAACUCGCAGUACAGCCAGCAGCAGGCGGGGUACCAGCAGGGCACAGCCCAGCAGCAGGCCGGGUACCAGCAGCAGUACCCCAACCAGCAGAGCUAUCCCGGGCAGCAGCCGGGCUACGGGCCUGCCCAGGGAGCCGCCUCGCAGUACUCCGGGUACCAGCAAGGACAAGGCCAGCAGUACGGAAGCUACAGGGCAUCUCAGACGGGCCCGUCCGCCCAGCAGCAGCGGCCUUAUGGCUAUGAGCAGGGCCAGUAUGGAAAUUACCAGCAGUAAGGGACAAGCGUUCUUGGUAGAGCCUUGUGGUGGCAUGUCCCCUGGGGAUGGUUGGGCCGGUGGCAGUUCUGGUGAACUCUGACCUCUUGACUGCCCCUCCGCCCCACGCAGCGUCUGCAUGUGAAGCGUGCACAUUUCAUCUGGGUACGAUGCCAAGGGUGCACCGCUGGCGAGAGACGGCGCUUUGAUGGUGUGACAUAUUCGGUGCUGUGUAUAGUAUUGUACGUCCAUACGAUGGGGAGGUUGUCUCUUUUGUCCCCCUCCCCCUUGAUGUUUCUAGCUAGCUUUAGGGGUCCUGUUGUCACCAGAGUAUUCUGUGCCCAGCGAUGGGACACAUCUACCAGAUGCCAUAGUCCAUGUGUUCACAUAAGCAGGCCUCGGGUCUGCUCCUCCUCACGCAGUUGUCGUAAUGUGGGUUGUAAACUUGUCUUUCACUGGCCGCACCGCAGCCGGACACGCGCGCACAGCCCCUGAGUGGCAGCCUCUCCCUGUGCCUCGAUGGCGGGGGAGGGCAUCUUCCGCGUUUUGGGCCAGUUUCUGGUACACGGCGAAAGUAUAAACAUGCUUCGUUUGGGGAGGCUGCGAAAUGCCCUUUCCAGGCUCGUGCGCUCCCUGUGUCUCUCGCCAAUUGUGUUUAUCCAAAAUGUUUUAUGUUUUUGUAUGAAGAGUAAAGAGGGAUCAACGAGUAUAUUCCAGAUAAACGUACGAUUAGCCUGACCCAGGGAAGGAAAGGGGGUAGUUCUUUAAAAUGACUGGCCUUGGCCCUUAUUUAUCUGACGGUCAGUUCUGGGAUUUGGAUAUUUGAUAUUGCCCUAUUCUGAAUUGAGAAUUUGAAAUAUUUAUACCAAAAUUUCCAAACGGUUGGCAAGUCUUUUCUUUUAUAUUCUUUUCUUCCAGGACCUGCUUAUCCAGGUCUCUAAGCAAGUGUUCCUUUUCUUUUAGAGAGAUCUGAAAUUCACACCUUAUUUUCAAAAAGAACCCCACAAAUUUGACUGUGUUCUUCCCAAGGAAAAGGAUUUAUGUAGGGAAAUUUGAGUAAAUUUUACAUUCCUAGAACAUCAAAUCCCAUUUAAGUUCUCCAGCAUUAUACACAGCUCACUUGGAAAAGCAUAGUAAAAGGAAACCGUCUGGUUCACUAAUUAGUAAUACAGACAUUCUGUCAGCUUUUACCUGGAUAAUAGUAUCCAUGUGAGUACUUUAAAAACGUAUUUGGAUAAAUGCUGACAUACUUCCAAGAACAACCAAGAAGAUUCAAGGAAAUAUCCAGUUCUUCACAUACCAGGUCUACUGAAGAUGGUGUUUUUAAAUUGAUAAGUUUCGCGUUUGAAAAGUCUACAAUAGUCCUUCAUCCGGAGGUGUCGAAUGGCUUACAGUCUACAGGCAUUUGGUGCUGUUUUUGUCCUGUUUUCUUUUGUUUCGUUGCUUGAAUGAAUCGUGACAGUCCACACUGGGAAACACGGAGGCAAUUACUGCUCCCGUUUUGCAGAUGAGGAACUGAGGUGCAGGUUAAAGAUUGCCCCAGAGGAGUACCAGUCCUGCUCUAGCAUAUUCUCCCCUCUUCUGUGGGGACAGAAUCACACGUACAUUGGGAUAGGAGUGUCUAUUUUAUAGGCAUAUGGGUUUUAAAAACUCUUAACGCUGGUAAGGGCUUAAAGAUACGUACUCUAUUAAACUACUGGAAGAGAGUUCUUAGUUGCUAAAUGACACAGACAUUAGUAAUUUCAUUUAGGCAGGUGUCUCCCUCGAUUUUGUCCUGUUCUCUCCUGACAGUUUUCAUAGAACUAAUUUGCAAACUCCAUCGGGAACUAAAAUUUCCCACUGAAAACGUUACACAUUUUAGAUAACUGUGAAAGUGGUUUCAUUUUUCUUCCUUGCCAAUCUGCGAAUAUGCCUUUUAUGUGUGUGUGUUUUUUUAAGUGCUGUAUUAAUACUUUUUGAAAGGAAAGGACACUUACACUUAUCCCAGAACUUCAAUCUGAAAUGUCUUACAUUAAGAAUUUCUUGAAUGUUGUGUAUAUAUUUUAAAAAGCACUUUGUGAAAUAGUUUGUACAUUUAUUUCCUAAUUUAUACAUGAUUUGGGGUAUUAAUAUAUUUAAUGAUUAAUAAUGGAAUGUUUAUUUAAUGUCUCGUCCGUUUUUAUGUGCUGUUGUGGGGAAGAGGUGGUGCCAGCAGUUCUGUUUUAUUAAACCUAUUACAUCUUCUCUUCUGUAACAUGUUUGCAAAGCUUAGGCUAAAGUGAGUUGUUCGUGCAGUGUGGUCGAUGGUGCUUUGUUUUUUAUGACUCCUUCCACAGAAGGCCAGUGACGAUGCAAAGGACGCUUGGAACGUGAUGCUCAUUCUUCCUCCCAAUUGUCCCCGAGCCACAGCAGGUCUCGGACCUGAGAGACGCCCGCAGCGUCCAGAAGUGCACGCGAACACGGCGGCACGCAGAACCUCACCCCCGUUAGAGUUUGCCGUGCAGCCACUGGCUAGUGGGGACCUGGGCUGCUGGAAGGUUCCGGGGGUGGGGGUGGGGGGGCAGCCUCAGGACCGCUGGGCCGCGAGGGCCCAAGCCUCAGGGCCGCCGGUGUUUGCGGGAACAGGUGGUCUGAGUGCGGGCGUCUGUUCAGAGCCGCACAGGAGGAAGAUGCUUCUGUUCCCCUUUCGAUUUGUUGCGCUGUUACUUCAUUUCUAGUAACGGAACAGGUCAAAUUCGUCUUCUUUGUGAGCACGGUACAUUUUCUGAAAAACAUCCUAUCGGUUCAGUUUUUUCCAGUCGGGAGUUUGGCGCGUAUAAAUUGCUUAUGAUUUGGUGUAAUGUAUGAAUAAACUGGUUCUU